UAGAUCAUUGCAGGACUACAGUUUAUCUGUUUCAAUUAUUUUCAGCUGUAAAAAUAAUCAUGGCUGAGUCAGGUUUCCCUUUACCACCAGAAGCCAUCUGCCCACUCUGUGUGGAUUCACAGCGAGACCCGGUCACCAUACCAUGUGGGGACACAUACUGCCUGGAGUGCAUCAAGAUCUACUGGGACCAGUUUGACCACAUGGGAGUGUACAGUUGCCCCCAGUGCCGCGCCACCUUCACGCCGAGGCCUGUGCUGAGGCGCGACAUUCCGGACGUCUUCCACGAGCGCCGGCGUCAGCUACCGGAGCUGACGCCAUUCCCCGACAUGCAUCGGGAGUCCUUUUGUGACUUCUGCGUCGGUCGCCGUAACAAGGCUGUCAAAUCGUGCCUCGUGUGCCUGGCUUACUACUGCGAGACGCAUGUCAAGCCCCAUUACGAGUCGUCCACUUUCAAGAGACACAAACUGGUGGACGAAACCGGCCACCUGGACAGGAAGAUCUGCCCCCAGCACGAGAAAGGACUGGAGCUGUUUUGCCGCUCAGACCAGAUGUGCAUAUGUGUGUUGUGUACGGUUAGAGAACACCGCAGCCACAACAUUGCUUCAGCAGAGGAGGAGCGCGUCGAGAAACAGAAAGUGCUGGUGGUGACACAGUCGGAGGUCCAGUACAUAAUUCAGGAGCGGAUGAAGGAACUACAGGAGCUCAAACAUAAUGUAGAUGUUCUUAAAAGCGGUGCCCAGCGGGCCCAAGCUGAGAGCGAUAAGACGUUCCACGAGAUGCUGCAGGCGGUGGAGCGCUGGAAGGCUGAAAUCCAUCAGAUGAUAAUGGCCAAUAUGCAGGCGGCCAUGUCGCAGGCGGACGGCUACGUGGAGCGUCUGGAGCAGGAGAUACUUGAGCUGCAGCGAAGAGACGCGGAGCUACGGCAGAUCCUGGAAACGGAGGACAACAUUCACUUUCUGCAGAAUUUUCCAACCUUGUGCGUCGCCCCGCAAGCCAUGGUGCCCAAAGUGCUCAUCAACCCUCAGUUCUCCUUCAGUGAAAUGAGCAAAACGGCUGCAGAAAUGAAGGAACACCUGGAUGACAUUUGUAAAAAAGAACUGGGAAAAAUCUCCAAGACAGUCAGCGAAACCCCCGUGUACAUCCUUUUGCCAAGAAAUGGGGACAAAAGGCUCAAAGUUCCUAGCAGAGUGGAUUUUCAGGAGCCGAAAACAAGAGCAGACUUUUUAAGAUACUCUACUAAGAUGUCCUUCGAUCCAAACACAAUCUAUAAAGAGCUGGUCCUAUCAGAUGGAAACCAGAGGGUCACCAGAAGGAAAACAGUCCAGUUUUAUCCCGACCACCCCGAGCGGUUUGACGGCUUCUCCCAGGCGUUGUGCAAGGAGCCACUGACCGGUUUCCGGUUUUACUGGGAGGCCGAGUGGAGCGGCGAGUUCUCUGUGGGGGUGGCGUUUAAAAGCAUCAGUCGCAAGGGGAAAAACUCCAACAGUCUGCUGGGCUACAACAACAAGUCUUGGAGUCUGCUCUGCUCCGACUCGGGAUAUUCCGCCUGGCACGACAAAACCGACCGCGACCUUCCCAAUGCUCCCAGGGCGUCGCGGAUUGGCGUCUACCUGGACUAUGCAGGCAACACUGUGGCCUUUUACUCGGUGUCACAGGCCAUGGAGCUCAUACACAGAUUCAAGGCUCACUUCAGCGAGCCUUUAUAUGCAGGCUUUGGCGUGGGUUCCUCUGUGACUCUUUGUCAGCUCAAGCAAAGUGCUACACCUUAUUAAGAUAAGCGGACUUGCUCACAAACAUGCUAGAACAGCGAUUCUCAAACUGUGGAACGAAUGCUGGCUCAAUCUAGUGCGGGGGUCAGCAACCUGCGGCUCUUUAGUGCCGCCCUAGUGGCUCUCUGGAGCAUUUUUUGAAAAAAAGGAUUGACAAUGGAAAAAGAUGGGGGAGGGGGGAACGACACAAACAAACGUAACAGUUUGUUUACAUGUUAAAUAUUCCACUCCUUCUUUGUCUCAUUUUGUCCACCAAACGUUUUAUACUGUGUGUGAAUGCACAAAGGUCACAAAAAACAUUCAUGAAGUUUGGUUCUUUUAUGAAUUUAUUAUGGGUCUACUGAAAAUGUGACCACAACUGCUGGGUAAAAAGUAUACAUAUAGCAAUGUUAAUAUUUGCUUACAUGUCCCUUGGCAAGUUUCACUGCAAAUAUAAGAAAUAACAGAACUUUCCUCCAAAAGGUCUUAUCUUUGUCCAUGUGAUGUCAGAUGAGACAAAAAAGUUGCUGUUUGGCCACAAUACCCAGCAAUAUGUUUGGAGGAGAAAAGGUGAGGCCUUCAAUCCCAGGAACACCAUUCCUACCGUCAAGCAUGGUGGUGGUAGUAUUAUGCUCUGGGCCUGUUUUGCUGCCAAUGGAACUGGUGCUUUACAGAGAGUAAAUGGGACAGUGAAAAAGGAGGAUUACCUCCAUAUUCUUCAGGACAACCUAAAAUCAUUGAUUGAUUGAUUGAAACUUUUAUUAGUAGAUUGCACAGUACAGUACAUAUUCCGUACAAUUGACCACUAAAUGGUAACACCCGAAUAAGUUUUUCAACGUGUUUAAGUCGGGAUCCACGUUAAUCAAUUCUGAGGUUGGAUCUUGGGCGCAGUUGGGUGUUCUAACAGGACAAUGACCCCAAACACACGUCAAAAGUGGUAAAGGAAUGGCUAAAUCAGGCUAGAGUGAAGGUUUUAGAAUGGCCUUCCCAAAGUCCUGAUUUAAACGUGUGGACAAUGCUGAAGAAACAAGUGGUUGUUGCUUUGUUGAUGCUAUUGACUUGUUGGAGUGCUAAUCAGGCAUAUUUGGUCAGUGCAUGACUGCAAGCUAAUCAAUGCUAACAUGCUAUUUAGGCUAGCUGUAUGUACAUAUUGCAUCAUUAUGCCUCAUUUGUAGGUAUAUUUGAGCUCAUUUAAUUUCCUUUACUUGUAUCCUCUUUGUAUAUCAUUUAGUUUUGCAUGUCUCAUGACACAUUAUCUGUAUGUAAUAUUGGCUGCAAUACAGAUAGUUGUUUGUGUGCUAUGUUGUUCCAGACCACAGCAAACAUUACCUAGCUUGCCAAAGAUUGUAAUAAAUCUAUUAAAAGAAGACAGCCUGUCAUUUCCUUUAACUUGGACACACACAUCUAAACCUUUGGCCAUUAAAAGCCAGGAGUUAUCUCACCUCUGAUAGCCUCUGAUUUACGAAUAGUUUCUAAUGUUGUAAAAAUGUGUAGAAUAAAUAGUGAAUUUCAACAUUUCUGUCAACGAAGAUUUGCUUCAGCCUGCGACACAGUCAUUUUGAUAGUAGGCUAAUAUAGACACUUACAUCAUGUGUUGCCUUCAUUAUAAGACUUAAAUAGGGCUUUUCAUUUUUUGCGGCUCCAGACAGAUUUGUUUUUUGUAUUUUUGGUCCAAUAUGGCUCUUUCAAGGUUUGGGUUGCCGACCCCUGAUUUAGUGGUAGGCCAAAAAUCACUUAUCUUAGUAUUGUAAUGACAUGACUCCAACUGCUAUCAAAGGUUUAUCAGCCUUGAAUGGAUCAAACUGAUCCGUGGCCACCUGAUAACCUCUCUGCAUAGCAGAAAAGAGAGAAGGCAGAUCAACUGGUCUAAAAAUGGGUUUAUUUAAAGCAGAGGUGUCAAAGUCGUUUUCACUGAGGGCCACAUCGCAGUUAUGUUUGGCCCCAAAGGGCCGCUUCUAACAGUGAAUACUAUUAUUACACAAUUUUUUAAAUGCAUUUUAUUAGUAGAUUUAAAAAAAAAAAAUUGUUAAAAAAAAUGGUAAGU